UUGCGGGACGAAACGGGUGAGCUCUUCCAGGCCUGCGCCCGCUACCAGGCGGGGGAUGAUGGGGAGCUGGACCUCGCUCACUGCCCUGCGCUGCCGGGAGGCAGCUUCUCCGGCCUGGAGCCCAUGGGGCUGCUCUGGGCUUUGCAGCCCAAGAAGCCCUUCUGGUAUAUGGUGAAGAAGGAUGUGCAGCGCCCCGUCCUCCUGCAGCUGGAGGUGUUUGAGGGCCACGGGGACCCUCCCGGGCAGCUCCUGGCCCAGACACAGCACGAGCGGGUGUUCCUGCGGAAUGGAGAGGGGAGGAUCCGGGCAACGCUUUUCCUGCCCCCCGGAGAAGGCACCUUUCCUGGAAUCAUCACCAUACAGGGAUACACAGGAGGUCUUUUUGAGCGCAGAGCCAGCCUGUUGGCCAAUCAUGGCUUUGCCACACUGGCCCUGGCUUAUUUCAAAUAUGAGGACCUGCCCCAGGAGCCAACUGAACUCCACCUGGAAUAUUUUGAAGAGGCAGUCAACUAUAUGGUGCAGCACCCACAGGUGAAGGGACCAGGGGUUGGCCUGCUCGGUUACUCCAAAGGAGCUGAUCUGUGUCUCGCCAUGGCCGCUUUCCUGAAGAACAUCACAGCCGUUGUUUCCCUCAAUGGCCCUGUGGCCAAUAUAGUUAUUCCUCUCUGUUACAAGGAUAAAACCAUCCCCCCUUUGCCCAUUGAUGAACAACAGGUCAAGGUCAUUGAUUCCAAUAUUCUUGAUUGUUCUGACAUCGCUCUUGACCCCUUUCAAGCCCCUGGCAACCAAAGCCUGAUCCCACUAGAGAAAGCUGAGGCACAGUUACUAUUCAUUGUUGGACAAGAUGAUCAUGUUAUUAAAUCUGAAUAUUAUGCUACUGAAACCUGCAAGCUUUUGCAGGCUCAAGGGAAGGAAAAUUUUCAGAUUCUGUCUUACCCUGGAACAGGGCACUACAUUGAACCUCCCUUUUUCCCUUUGUGCCCCAUAGGAAAGCAUGUCUUUUUUCCCAACUGGGCAAUUUGGGGUGGGGAGCUCAGGGCUCAUUCUAAAGCUCAGGUUCAUGCUUGGCUGCAGAUCCAGGCUUUUUUCAACAAAUAUUUAAAUGACAACUAA